AUGGGAUGCAAAAUUUUAUGUGAACGUGGACGGCAAUCUACACGUCAAUUUGAGUCUAAACAUGUCCAGAUGUCAAUUGUGAAUGAGAUUGAUUUCUUCAUGAACAACAGCUUUGAAGUUGUGUUUCUUGUGUUCUUUCUCUUCCAAUUAAACAUGAUCGGUUUUGCGUUCAUGUUUUCUCCGACCAUCUGGUCUUUCUUCCCACCUAAUCUUCUUGCUAAAGCCCUUCAGUUGCUUUCUGAUGCCACUUCCACUCCUAAAGACCCUGGUAUCAGCUGGAGCCGUAUAGGGGAGUGUGCACCAAAUGACAAUGACUGUCUAAUAAAUAUGAAUGGUUUGAUCUCUGGAAGGAUGGUGGCUAAAAAGAAUGUAUAUGGUUUUUGGUAUUGUCUCCUAAUCCUCAGAUCUAGCUUGCAAUGGAACACGAUUCAACCUUCAUGUAUGAAUUUCAUAAUCAUGUCUCACACAAAGGUCAAUCAGAUCCACUUAAGGGGAACCACUUAGUCAUAUUUGGUGGAAAAGAUGCAAACAGAACCUGAGAUGAAAUCGAAACACUGAUUUUGAAGGAGAAAUAAGUAUCUCAACAAACUAACUAUAGCAAUGUCAUGAG